GCCUGGGGUAGUUCCGCUCAGGCAUCCCGCGACUCGUUAGUCUGUUCGUCGCGCCGAAUAUCUUUUGUUUCGACUGUUGCCCGUUUCCUCGAGACGAAUGCGAACUGCGCAUGUGUGGAAUGCCUAACUACCUCCCUGGCCCCCCUUCGCCACCGCCAUCCUCGCUUCUUCGACACCGAGUUGCGCAUACGAAUGCACUAACCGCGAUCUCGCCUCGCCUUUGCUGGCAUUGAUACGAGAUGGCAGCGUCAGACUACAGCGAUAAGAAGGCUCUCGCUGCGGAAGAGAAGGACAUUCAAUUUGCGUGUACAUCCGUCAACUCGACCCAAGAAUCUUUUUCGGAAGGAAAGAGUGCAAAGAAGCAUGAACGCGUCAAAACCUGGGGAAAUGAUAGUGUGCAUGAGGCAACAUGCUCACCGCGAGGUUGGCCGUCGAAACCGCGGUGGAAAGUACGCUGGACUUGGAUGUUCCACGACGCCUGUCUGGGUAUCUGGCAUGCCACAAAAUGGACCGCGCGGACGAUCAAGAACGCGCCGUUAUGGAAACACUUCCGGUGGUCGAAGAAGCAGUUCUAUGCCUUUCUCAUCUUAUUUGUCUCGGUCAUCCUGCCUAUAUUUGCAAUGGGCACGGUGACACCCGUGAGAUAUAUGUUCAGAGACAAGACGAUGGGUUGCGGCAACACUAUCGGCGGAGACCCCCAAAACGCGACCGUGAGGGGAAUAGAGAACCUCUUUGCGCUGGACGCUACGUGGGGCCAAUUCACCUUCUCGCAGGCCAAGACGAUUGAUAUCCUCUGGGAUUUGCUUAUUGGGAAAGGCGCACAGGCGUUGGCAUGGUGGGCCACGUAUAAUGUCUUCUGUGACGCGUUACUACGGGCAAUAGAACGACAUCCAGCGAGCUUUAGCAUUUUCCAGAGGAUGGCUAUGGAAGGGCCCGGUUUGCAUUGUUUAUGGGAGUUGACGAAAGAGCUGUGGACUGCGAAGAGUAUACGGACGCGAUUCUUGUUCUUCUACAUGUUCUGGUCAACGGGAUACGUGCUUCUUGUACCCAUUGUCCUCGGCGCCAUGACAGGUUACGACAGCACGUCCAUCGCAUGGCUCGAUAUCGACGGGUCAAAUAACAUCAUUCCCGCUUCCCAAUUGCAAGAUUCGUGGGUUAUCAUAGGCACCAAGAACGAGACGUGGAAGCAACCGGGCUGUGCGGAUCGCAAUCUGCACAGUAGUUUCAGCUACAUCAUGGAUCACAGACGGCAAGCUUGUGACUGCAAAUUCCCCAACGGCACCAUCGUAACCGCCGCCUACCAAACAGACCUCUACUACCACAACUCAUAUGUUCGUUAUGACGAUCUUUUUCUCAACUGCACCUUCGACUUCCCCAACAAUACGCAAACUUGGACGGAACAAGACACCUACACCGAUAAGACCAUCUCUCAUUUCUGCAACACCAGCAUCUCUGUCCCUGUUAGUGGCAAGACGUACAACGCCGACGACCUCGUCACAAACUACGGGUACUGCUACAAUGGAAUCGGGUAUGAGUACGACGCGCUCAUGGGGAGAAGUCGCUGCCUCCCCGACACCGCCAAUCCGACAUAUCAAUGGGGUUUCGCGACACUCAUGUCUGGUUUGUUCAUGCUUGUGACAAGUGGAUGGGUUUUUAGUAUGUAUGUGCUGUGGCAGGACGCGCAAUUUAAUUCCACGCUGGUGAAGGAGGGCUACAGACUUACGCCGUUGCGCGCGGCGUUCGCGAUGGCCGUGGCGGCGAGGAGGCGCACGGGAUUAAGCGGCAAAGACCUCAUCAGCGCCAAGAAUAGGGCGUUGGGCAGACAAUUAUACGGCAAAAAAGGGACAAGAGGCACGGUUGUGGAUCACGGGCUCUUUUUGCAGGACCUCGAAGACACGGAAACCGAUACAGAUGGUGCGGUCAAGUCGCCCAUCACGCCGAUGUCACCAACACCCUUACCGCUGGCUAGGUCGAAUACGGAUAUCUCAGUUCAUGUACUGAGUGACGAGGAACUGAGGAAGAGGUAUCUACGCGGUGUGGAAGAGGCGCGGUUGAGUCGCAAGCCGCUUAGUCGCGAGGCGACGCUUGUGGGGGAGGGGUUGUGGGAACGAAAUCACGAGCUGCCUGGUUACGAGGGACGAAGUCAAGGCCACGAUGCCAGUGCCUCAGGUGAAGGGUCUCGAGAUGAUGAAGGGGGUGAGAACAAGAAUGGAGCGGAUGAGCAAAGUAAAAGGAAGGAUGAGAAGGUUGGGGAAUGGAGGAAUAGGUUGCAGAAAGUCAGACGACCUGGCUGA